UCUAUACACUUAAUAAUUAGAAAUUAGAGUACAAAAUCAGAAGUUGGUGAAGCCCAUGGGUCUAGCUGUACUCUUUUGGGUUAGAACUUAGAGAGAGAGAGAAAAGACUGUAACUAAGUAUUUUAGAGAGAGAGAGAGAGAGGGAGAGAAAGAGAGAGUGAGAGAGAAGAUGUACCCUCAGGUUUUGUUAUUGUAGUUGUUGUUCCCAGUUAGUAGAGGUAGAGUUCUAUUUUUUGUGCUUAUUUGUUUGCAUUUGCAGAGGUUAAAAGGAAAACAAACCCUCCGGAAGAGAAGACAAAGCUUUUUAGUUCAUUUAUACUAUUUGCUGGAUCAGAUUCAAGAAAUUGAAGUUGAAGCUUAAAGUGUCUCUCGAUCUGAGCCUCUAAGCUUCCUUUAACCUUUUGAAUUGGGCUCAAAAGGUACCCUUUUUCUAUGAGCUUGUGAUUCUCAAAUGGACUCAAACACUGAACGGUCUUCCAAUGCUCAGAGGGGCUUCAGAGUUCAAGCUCCACUGGUUGACUCUGUAUCAUGCUAUUGCAAAGUAGAUGCAAGCUUAAAAACCGUUGCGGGGGCAAGAAAGUUUGUCCCAGGAUCAAAACUUUGCAUCCAGCCUGAUAUUAAUCCUAAUGCACACAGGGGAAAAAAUUUACGCAGGGAAAAGACCAGAAUCCAGCCACCCCUCCUGCCUGGCCUACCUGAUGAUCUUGCAAUCGCUUGUUUAAUCAGGGUCCCUCGUGUUGAACAUAGAAAACUCCGUCUAGUUUGCAAAAGAUGGUACCGCCUUCUGGCUGGUAACUUCUUUUAUUCGCUUAGGAAAAGUCUUGGAAUGGCAGAAGAGUGGGUUUAUGUCAUCAAAAGAGAACGUGAUGGAAGGAUCUCUUGGCAUGCUUUUGAUCCUACAUACCAGCUCUGGCAGCCGCUUCCACCUGUUCCUGGUGAAUAUUCUGCAGCGCUUGGUUUUGGUUGUGCUGUCCUUAGCGGUUGUCACCUGUACUUAUUUGGAGGAAAAGAUCCAUUGAAGGGAUCUAUGAGACGGGUUAUUUUUUACAGUGCUCGGACAAAUAAAUGGCACAGGGCACCAGAUAUGCUUCGGAAACGCCAUUUCUUUGGGUCCUGUGUUAUUAAUAAUUGCCUUUAUGUAGCUGGUGGGGAGUGUGACGGAACUCAAAGGACUCUUCGUUCUGCUGAAAUUUAUGAUCCUAACAAGAAUCGGUGGAGCUUUAUUUCAGAUAUGAGCACAGCUAUGGUUCCCUUUAUCGGGGUUGUUCAUGAAGGAAUGUGGUUCCUAAAAGGACUUGGGACACAGCGUGAGGUAAUGAGUGAAGCCUAUUCUCCUGAAGCUAAUACCUGGACCCCCAUUAGUGACGGGAUGGUUGCUGACUGGCGCAACCCGAGUAUUUCUUUAAAUGGGCAGCUCUAUGGUCUAGGUUGCCCCGAUGGGUGCAAGCUUAAAGUUUAUGAUGGAGUAACAGAUUCGUGGAACAAAUUUAUAGAUAGCAAGCUUCAUCUAGGCAGGUCUUUUGCUUUUAAGGCUGCUGCACUUGUUCCCCUUAACGGGAAGCUUUGCAUUAUUCGUAAUAACAUGAGCAUCAGUUUAGUCGAUAUUUCAAGUCCGGAUAAACCUGUAGAAGGCAACCCUCACCUUUGGGAAAAUAUUGCUGGUAAAGGUCAUUUCAGAACUCUCGUCUCAAAUUUAUGGUCAACUAUAGCGGCCCGAACUGGUUUGAAGAGUCACAUUGUACACUGUCAAGUGCUUCAAGCAUGAGAACUGGCAUUGACAUUGCUUAUGCUUUGUGCAAAGCAAGACUUCAGAUAGGAAGCAUUGAAGGUGUAUCUGUAAAUUCAAGGCAGUCAUCUCUUGCAAGCGAUGUGGUACGGGACUGGUGAUGCUGGUUUCGGCAAUAGAGUUACCGAGGCAGUUGGUCUCGACAAUAGAAUUAUGAGGUCAUUUCUUUACAUUCAUGAAGAGAGAGCAGAUACAUUUGUAAAUCUUGUUAUAUUGGUCUAGGCCUUUUUGUCUUUUGCUAUGGGGUUUUAUGUUGCUAGUAUGUAAUCUUAGAGAUGCUUUGUGAAUAUACAUGGAUGAUUAGAGAUCAUUCAAUAUAUACGUAAUUUCAUCUGUGGCUGUACUAUUUUAUUAUUCAUGAAUGUGUAAUCAAACCUUUUAGAUA